GGCAAGGGGAGAUCGAAGAAAGAAUGACCCUGGCAUACAUUACUAAUCCAAGUUACAGAGCUGAGUUAUCAACAGUGGAUUUUCCUUUACACUCUCAAUUGAUUGAGUAGAAAGCAGUAUAUGCUGUACUUGCUACAUUUGUCACUAGGGUGCCUGGCAUUUCAUACUUUGCUUCGAAAAAAAAGAGGAAAACUGGGAAGCUGUUAUAAUUAGGAGGAUGGUAUCUGGAGAGAGGUUGGAGCAUCAAUGUUGUGAAUAGGAAGAAAGAAGGAAAGCACAUUUGUGGUGCUGGAAGAUGUUGUUGGAUGUUAAAGGGUCUCAUGCCAGUCGUUAUCCCUGCACUGUGCUGUACGGGAUGGAAAGCAAGUGACAUGUAAAUCUAUGGCAAGCUAAUAUAAGAAGGGGAGAUUAUGUUUUUUUUAUUGACUGCUCUCUGGCCAUUCGUUUUUGAUGUGGUUUUACUCCAUACCCAAGGAAACCUACUAUGGGAUUGUACAGCGACUCCACAUCCUGAAGAUAAUGCGGGCUAUGAAUGUAACGCUCUUGUACCAUUCCUGAUUUUUAGCCACGGCAGUGGCAUUUUUAGCAUUAACAGCGAUGGGACCAAUCUCAGGAAAGUAGUGCCCUCUGCAGGAUCCACAUUGCAACUAGAUUUUGUGCAGCAAGAGAACAGACUGUACUGGCUUGAUCAAAACAAAGGUUUUCUUCAAAGAAUGUACCUGAAUGGCUCAAAGCACGAGAGGCUACGUGCUGUAGGAAAAGGCUCAACUGGAUUCGCAAUUGACUGGAAACACAAUGCCAUUUUCUGGGCUAACCAACACAAAGGAACAAUUGAACUGACAAGCGGAAAUGAAAAAAAAUCUCGAGUACUUCUGAGAGGUUUAUUUAAUCCCAUGUUCAUUGCUAUUGAUCCUUUUGCAGGACUUCUCUUCUGGUCUUGUAACAGCUCUUUGACUGUUAUUCAAAAAGCAAAUCUGGAUGGAAAUAAUGUAACAGCUAUUACUGAACUGAGUGGGGCACUUAUAGGCCUAACACUGGACACAGAUAACAGGCAAAUAUUUUGGGUCUUGUCUAAAAUAGACAGAGAUGAUGCGAUCAUUGGCUCUUGUUCAUAUAACGGUGACUCUGUAAUACUUAUCAAGCACUUGAGACCUUCUCCAAGAUAUCAUGUUUUGGGAUUUUCUCUUCUCUAUGAUCAUAUCUAUUAUUCAGAGUGGAAAUCUGGUUCCAUAAGAAUAAUUAAUAAAUUCACAGGGAAAGACAUUGUUUCUAUCAGCUUAAAACCAUCAAUUACGGAGAUUAUUAACUUGAAAGUAGUACAUCCAGUGAGAUCAUAUAGUGUUUUAAAUUCUUCUUCCAACAAAGGACCAGAGUCAUGCUUCAUCGCCAAAAAACACUGUACAGAAACAUGUGAAAUAGAUGCAGUGAAGGAGAAGUGCCAUUGUAUGCAUGGUUUUGUCCUCAGUUCAGAUGGGCGUCACUGUGAAGAUAUAAAUGAAUGUGCCUUAUGGAAUCACGGGUGUACUCUUGGCUGUGAAAAUAUCCCAGGUUCCUACUUCUGUACCUGCCCAGAAGGCUAUGUUUUACUUCCAGACAAUAAGGCAUGCCAUGAUGAAACUCCUUGCCUGCCAGAGCACAUAGGAUGUAGCUAUGGCUGUGUACAAACAGUUAAAGGGCCCAUGUGUACCUGUCCAGAAGGAUCAGUGCUCUCUGAAGAUGGGAAGUCAUGCACAGGGUGCACCUCCCCGGAUAAUGGUGGAUGCAGCCAUAUUUGCAUAAUAUCAGGACCUGGGACAUGGCAAUGUGACUGCUUUGCAGGGUACUACCUACAGAUGGACAGAAAACGAUGUUUGGCCUCAGGUCCUCGGCCAUAUUUAAUGUUUGCGAAUGUCCAUGACAUCAGACGAAUUAACUUCGAUGGAACCAAUUAUGAAAGUAUACUCGACUCACAGAUUGGUAGAGUGUUUGCUCUGGACUAUGACCCAGUUGAACACAGGAUAUACUUUGCACACACAGCUCUGAAGUGUAUAGAAAGUGCAAACAUGGAUGGCAGUGACCGGAGAAAAAUCAUUUCUGGAGGCCUGAGUGUACUGGAGGGUCUGACUGUUGACGCAAUUAAUAGAAAACUGUACUGGACAGACAGAGGAAAAUCAUGCAUUGAAAGCAGCGAUUUAAAUGGGGAAAACUGGAACAUUCUCAUUCAAGAAAAUAACAUUCAACCAAGAGGAAUUUGCGUUCAUCCACUGGCUAAGAAAUUAUUUUGGACUGAUGUAGGAGCCAACCCUCACAUAGAGAGUUCAAAUUUAGAAGGAUUGGAAAGAGUGGUUAUAAUCAGUAAGGACCUGAUCUGGCCCAGUGGGAUUACAGUCGACCACCUCACUGAUACGAUUUAUUGGUGUGAUGCUAAAAAAUCUAUUAUCGAGUCAGCUCAUCUGGAUGGUACAAAUCGGCAGUCAUUUUCCCAGAAUGAUGUAGGCCAUCCUUUUGACAUAUCAGUCUUUGAGGAUCACUUAUGGGUCUCUGACUGGGUUCAGCCAUCACUUAUAAGAAUUGAGAAAAGAAACAUACAGAACUGGGUACGUCUUCGAGGCAACAUGCAAAGACCCUCUUCUGUUGUUAUCGUGCAUCCUUUGGCAAAGCCAGUCGUUGCAGAUGACAGCCCCCUGCCUAGAAAAGAGAAAGACGGGAACAAUCAAACAGCUCAUUCUGAAUCAUUUUUUCCUGGGCCACUUCCCUCCAGCAACACUGAAAUGGGCACGAGAGAAGCGUCUAGCAGCAGAAAUGGGUUGGUGGCAGAAAUUAUGGUGUCAGAUGACAGUGGCUGCAUUGAUAUUCACUGUGAUAUCAAUGCACAUUGCGUCUCAUCAGAGGAUGGCCCAAGAUGUCAAUGUUUGGAAGGAUUCUCUGGGAAUGGCAAGUCAUGUCAUGAUAUUGAUGAAUGUUCUCUUCACAUUGCUGCAUGCCACGCUCACCAGACAGAAUGUAUUGAUACAGAGGGGGGUUAUAUCUGCAAGUGCAAGUAUGGCUACAUUGGAAAUGGACUUCACUGUAUAGAUAUUGAUGAGUGCAGUCUGGGAACUCAUACAUGUGGCGAAAAUGCAGUGUGCACCAAUACAGAAGGGAAUUACACCUGCACGUGCACUAAUGCCUUUCCAGGAAGCACAGUCGACUGUACUGAAUUUUCUACGACCAUCAACACUCCCAUAAUGAGUACAAACAAUGUUCCAGGCAAGACAGUAAUAAGAGAAUGUCCCCUAUCUUAUGACGGAUACUGUCUCAAUGGAGGAGUGUGCAUUCAUUUCCCACAACUGGAAGAUUACGGGUGCAGAUGUGUCUCAGGAUACAUUGGCGAGAGAUGUCAGUUUGAUGAUCUGAAGUCAUGGGAAAAACAUGUUACACAAAUGAAGAUUCAAAAUGUUACCAUUGCUGUUUCCUUGCUGUUACUCCUGCUGAUCCUGGGCCUUGGCUCCUUUGCAACUUAUCAUUACAGGCAUCAAAUGAUUCAGAGAAAAAGCCAUUUCAAACAAGAAACAGCACCGGGCAACACAGAAAAACCUAUUUGCAGCACAAGUCUAUCAAGAAGCAGCGAGCCUGGGUGUCUAGGGAAGUGCUAAUUCCUGAAAAACCUAUAAGAGUUUUAGUGGCUGAAGAAGACAAAAGAUCUUCAGAACUAGAUGGUUCCUGACAUGAGUCAUGAUGACAUGAGAAUGGACUGAACCGCUGCCAACUUCAGCAUACGGACUUAUUAACCAAAACAACAUUGUGAAGCGUUUGCUUUUAUUUUCUUUCUUUGACCUUUGAAUAUAAAUCAAAAAUGUUGAGUUCACAAAGGAAUCAUUUAGCAGCUUCCAUCCUGUGCUGAUGGUUUUAUACCAUAUGAUCACAAAAACUUGCAUUCACUAACGUAGUUACAAUUAUGUACCCCAGCCACGUUUCUGCCAAUCAAUGAAUCCCAUAUAUAUAAUUGCCAUUAAGAUGUUAUUAACUCUCUACAUCGUUCCAUAAAGCAGCAUUUACAUUUGGGCUUUGGUUAGCUGCAAGAUUGGAGAUGACUUCUCUCAGUUGAUUAUAUAUUAUGGUGUCAGUCCAUGCUGAGUGUCAGAGGAGACACUUGUGAACCUAACUGGAUACAGAUUAGAAUUUACUCUCGCCAGCUACUUAGAUGUUUCAAGCGGCUUUAUAAAGCUUGGCAGAUAUUUGCCUACAAGUGUCAUAGUUGUUAGCUUUGGCUAUGACAUGCAGGGCAAACAUGGGAACAGGCAUGUAGGGCUUGUUAUAUCUUGAGUUAAUGCUAGGGACUGAGGGGGUGCUAAAUCCAACUACACUGAAAGCCAAGUGUGUCAGCUCUCUGUUACUGUUAUGUCUGAGCAUAUAUUAGAUAUGUUGUACAUGUUGUUUAAUAUUUUCCAACAAUUUGAUCUCACUGGAAAUGCUCUUGUCUACCUAUAGCCUCAAUGUGAAUUUAAACUAACCAGCUGCUGGUUGGCCAUCUGCCAUUGACCUUUUAUUUCUAUGACAAGAAUAGCUAAAUAGCUUGUAUAUUUCAAUAUCUCACAAUGACCAAACUUUGCAAUUCAUGUACAACACAGUGUGUGCAGUACUUGUGUUCACAACACAAAUACCGCAAUGUAGUCAUUGUUAUUGUCUUUCAUUUACUAUUUGGCAUGUAUAAAAUAUCUGCUCAAUAUUUUGUAUACACGGAAGAGUUUUUCAACCCGCAAUACAUAUAAAAGUUCAUAGUACUUCCUUACCUAUGGGGCAAGGAGGACUGCUGGAAAAUACAUUCAGACAAACUUUUAAGCAACGCUUUGAAAAUGGCUGAAACAAAUGGAUGAAAAUGUUGGAUUUUUUUGUGACAUUAAAAUUCAUAUUCAUGUGAUUUUUUAAAUGUAAAGAUGAAUUUUCUUUCAAAAAUGAUUCAGAAAAUUGUUGCCAGGAAAAUUGUUCAGAGUUUAGGUAUGUCUAGUUCAGAUUUUUAUAAGAAGGUUUGAUUUACAUAGUGGGCAACUCUUAGCACUUGGAAAUUU